AUGACUGAGCCUCCAGCUCAUGGCGAUUAUACCGUGGGCUGGAUAUGUGCUUUACCGGAGACCGAGUUAGUGGCUGCCAUGGCCAUGUUGGAUAAAAGGCAUCCAGGUCUUCCCGCAAUCGGUCCACACGACGAUAAUUCGUACGUCCUUGGCCGGACCGGUGAACACAAUGUGGUGAUCGCUUGCUUGCCAGCAGCGACAACCGGCAAGGUGUCUGCUGCUACGGUUGCUAAAGAUAUGAUCCGCAGCUUUCCGGCUGUAAGAUUUGGGUUGAUGGUUGGAAUCGGGGGUGCAGCGCCAUACUAUGGUGCAAAGGGGAACGCUAAUUCUGCAAGCGGAGAAGAAGACGAGGAUUCUGAAGACUCUGAAGAUGAUACGGAAGAUAUACACGACAUACGACUUGGUGACGUGGUGAUAAGCCUUCACUCAAAGUCAUCGGAUGCGGUUGUGCAGUACGAUUUCGGGAAGUCGUUGCAGGAAAAGGAAUUUGUACAUAGUGGCGGCAAACUGAACAAACCACCGAGCAUUGUUCUGGGCGCCGUUGCUCAUCUCAAAGCUCUGCAUGAGUUGGAAGGACAUAAUAUCUCUGAAACAUUGGCAAACAUGAUGUCGAGUCGGAUUUCGUUCAUGAAGCGUCAAGUGAUGAAGGAUGCUGUUUUAAGAGAUAAAUGGGCACAGAAAGAGAGCAUUAUAUGCUUUGAAAUGGAGGCUGCUGGCCUCAUGGACUCAUUCCCCUGCCUCGUCAUCCGAGGAAUCUGUGAUUAUGCCGAUUCUCAUAAGAACAAGGUCUGGCAGCCGUAUGCCGCGGCAACGGCAGCGUCAUAUGCAAAAGAGCUUCUCCAGGUUAUUUCAGGGCAAGGGGUCAUGAAUAUGGAUCCGAUUAAGCAGAUUGAGAAAUCGAUAAGAGAAAUACAUGGUAUUGUCCAGGACACAGGUGUUGUAGUCCACAACCUCAGGAAUAACAGCAGGCAUGAAAAGGUCUUUAGCAAAUUACCAUAUGCAAAAGGUUCCAGUUUUGAUGUAGCCAAUGCAGAACAUGAGGCUAGAUGCCAUCUAAAAACCAGGAUUGACCUGCUUCGCCAGAUCCAAGAGUGGGCGGAGAGUCCGAAACAAAAAUGUAUAUUCUGGCUGAACGGAAUGGCUGGUACUGGGAAAUCAACAAUUUCUCGAACAGUAGCCGGAUAUUUCAAGGAGAAAAACCAGCUCGGCGCCAGCUUCUUCUUUAAUCAGGGAGAGCGUGAUCGUGGUACUACCAAGAAGUUCUUUACCACAAUCUGCACGCAACUUCUGCUCCAUAUUCCUGAGUUAAUUACUCAUGUCGAAGAAGUCAUUGACACUAACCCUUAUAUAUCAGAUAGGAUGAUGAAGGAACAAUUUGAUAAACUGCUCCUCCAGCCAUUACUCAACCUCAGUCAAAGUCAGCCUACAAGUAUCAUCAUUGUGGUCGACGCAUUGGAUGAAUGUGAGCAGGAUGACGAUAUACCAGUAAUACUUAAACUCUUACCCCAGAUCCAGGAUAUCAAACCUAUGCGUCUUCAUAUAUUCCUGACUAGCAGACCUGAAUUUGCAAUUCGUCUUGGCUUUAAUCAAAACAAUUCUUAUCAAGAUGUUGUCCUCCAUGAGCUUCCCAAGCCCAUGAUUGAACACGACAUACGUGUAUACCUGGAAGACGAGCUUUCUAAAAUAUGUGAUGAACGCUCAUUAUCUAACGACUGGCCUGGGAAUGAAGCUAUCAAAGAAUUGGUGCAGAUGGCUGUUCCAUUAUUUAUUUUUGCAGCCACAGCAUGUCGUUUUAUUAAGGAAGGCAUGCACCCAAAAAAGCGACUUCAGGACCUUCUUAAAUUCCAAGCAACGACAUUUGCAUCUCAGAUGGGCAAAGUAUACCUCCCAAUCUUGAAUCUACUCAUGGGGGAUAAAGAAGACGACCUAAAAGAGCUUCUGGAAGAAUUUCAAGAUAUCGUUGGGGUUAUUAUUCUCCUUGCUACACCACUGUCUGUCAAGUCGCUUGCACUGCUUCUUGAUCUGCCUGAACAAACUAUCAGCGAACUAUUGGAUCCAUUACACUCAGUCCUGGAUAUACCAAGCAACAAAUAUGCCCCAACCCGAAUUCUGCACUUAUCUUUUCGAGACUACCUCUUGACCACGGAAAGCCUUUUCCAUAUAUGUGAGAAAGAGACACACCAGAAGAUAGCACUGCAUUGCCUUCGUGUCAUGAACACUAGUCUCAAGCACAAUAUUUGUGGCCUCCUAAGUUAUGGGACACAACGAGAUGAUAUUGACAGUCAGGCUGUUCAUCAGAAUAUCUCAAAGGAUCUGCAAUACGCCUGUCAGUAUUGGGUAUACCAUCUUCGUCAUAACGAAGACCGUGCCGUUGGGCCCAGAGUUUUUGAUUUUUUGAAAAAGCAUUUCCUUCAUUGGUUGGAGGCGUUGAGCCUAAUGGGUGUUAUAUCAGAAGCGGUCGCAAUGAUAGAUGCGCUACAGUCAAGGAAUGGGAAGAGCAUAGAUACUGAAGUUUCAGACUUUCUCUAUGAUGCCAAACGAUUCAUUCUUAAAAACACUUACAUUGCGAAUAUCGCUCCACUUCAACUCUACAGUUCUGGUAUACUCAAACACUUGCAUAUACUACCACGAGUGGAGGAUUUAUGGAGCCUAGGACUGCAAUCACUAGAGGGCCAUUCAUAUCAGGUUCAGUCGGUCGCCUUCUCCCCUGAUGGGAAAACCCUAGCCUCAGGCUCUGCCGAUAAGACUAUCAAGCUCUGGAACAUCCAGACUGGCUCAGAAUUGCAGGCCCUUCGGGGCCAUUCACAGUCAGUUAAAUCAGUGACUUUCUCUUCUGAUGGGAAAAUCCUAGCCUCAGGCUCUGACGAUAAGACUGUUAAGCUCUGGAACGUCCAGACUGGCUCUAAACUGCAGACUCUUCACGGCCAUUUAAAUUGGAUAUUGUCAUCUACCGCCCAUUCUCUGCCCUCACAAGCCUCUGCCCCGAUGCUGCAGUUGUCAGCCUCCAAUCCUUCCACAGAAGAGUCUCAACCGAUCAACUCCUCUAUCGCUUCCGUUGAGCCAGCUGACAGUGAUUUGCCAUUCCAGCUGAAAAUCCCCAUCUUGGCCACUGGCCGCCAACUGGAUGACGAAGAUCCCUGUAGUAGGGUUACAGCUGAGGAGAGUUAUGCUCGUGAUGACAUCAACUGUCUAUCACAGCAAACAUGCCCUAGCCCUGAAGAUAAUUCCGGACAUCUUGAUGUGCCGGACAUCAGAACGACAAGCCCCUUGUCCACGUCACAGAGAGAUAUAGCGCUAUUGGAUGAGUUACCGAACGAGGUUUUCAAUCCAAGUUGUCCAACAAACGAGGAUCGUAUGAGUACAUUCCCAGAGAGCCCAAUAUUGAAUACAUCAUUCAAUGGCGAUGGUCAACCUAUCAAUUCCGUUGACCUUAGCAUCACAAUGCCCAUUGUCCAAGGGGUGACGCGUGACCAGAACAGCCACGUUAACGCAACUGCAACGGAAACACAGAGCUUUGAUGAUGUGAUGCAUUCACAUGAGGAUACGGAUCUCGAUGCUGUGCACCAAGGGUGGCGGGAAAGAUCCGCCACGGUCGAAACUGUCCAUACGGUGCUCCAUCAGGCAUAUUCAAGCCAUGUGCCCCGAGAAACUAGGGAAAGUCGAUUGUCCCAGUCCCAGAUACAGCAGCUCAUUCAUGGAGAAACGGCUGUGGUCUCGUUGCGGGAUGGUCGACGCAGAAAACGCAGUCGAAGACGUUCAACUCGGACAGGUAUGCGCCAUCCCGCCUCGCCAGACAGUGCAGAAAGCGAUGACUCGGACGAUCAUAACUAUCAUGACACCAGUGAUGAAGAAGAUGGGGGAUUAAAUAAUUAG